UCCCUCUGCCGCUAGUCGGAGCGAGUGGCGGCGAGGAGAUCCUGGCCGCUCCGCCAGCACUUGCCGCAGCUGCCGCCGCUCCCACCCGCGAUCGCAGCCCAGCAGCUGGGAAACGCCCCCCCGCAGACUGGGCGGCGCAGCGUGGGAGGGUUAGCGGUCCCGGAGGAACGAUUCCGAACUUGCAAGGGGACCGCGGCUCUCCCGGGCCUGGAGAGUAUGAACAGGAUUGCUGCUUUACAAUGAUAUGGUGAAACCAAGGGCUGGAACCAAAAAGAUCUUCUCAGCUCUUUAGUUUGAACCACAGUGAAUUGUCUACCAGCAGCCGGCAUGGCUAAAAGUUCAGAGGUCAAACUGGCAAUAUUUGGGAGAGCAGGCGUGGGCAAGUCAGCUCUUGUAGUGAGAUUUCUGACCAAACGGUUCAUCUGGGAAUAUGAUCCCACCCUCGAAUCAACCUACCGACACCAAGCAACCAUUGAUGAUGAAGUUGUCACCAUGGAGAUACUAGAUACUGCUGGCCAGGAAGACACCAUUCAGAGGGAAGGGCACAUGCGAUGGGGGGAAGGCUUUGUGCUGGUCUAUGACGUUACUGACCGAGGAAGUUUUGAGGAAGUGCUGCCACUUAAGAACAUCCUGGAUGAGAUCAAAAAGCCCAAGAAUGUGACUCUCAUCUUGGUUGGAAACAAAGCUGACUUGGACCACUCCAGACAGGUUAGUACAGAAGAAGGGGAGAAGCUGGCCACAGAAUUGGCAUGUGCUUUUUAUGAGUGUUCUGCCUGUACCGGGGAAGGGAACAUCACCGAGAUAUUCUACGAGCUGUGUAGAGAGGUACGUCGCCGGAGGAUGGUCCAGGGCAAGACGAGGCGACGCAGCUCCACCACGCACGUCAAGCAAGCCAUUAACAAGAUGCUCACCAAAAUCAGCAGUUAGGCAGCUCUGUUCUUGUGAAGGCCCUGCUCAGGUGGGUUGGGUAAUUGGAAACACUUUCUUGCCCUUUUUCCCUUUUUCUCCCCCCAAAUAAAAGAAAAUACUCCAUUCCUUGUUCUGACUCUGGGAAACAUCUGGCCUUCCCACUGGUCCCAGCCUCCCAUAUGUUGGGAAGUUACAGAGUGUUUUAAUGCAAUUUCAGUGCUGACAAUCUCUCUUUUGCCUGCUUGAAUAAAAUAUGCUCUAUUGCAGUUUGAACAUGUAAUCACCAGAUUCUGCAAAGGCUGUGUUCAUAUUAAGCUAUUUUUAGGCAUCUUCACCUUGCUUCGAUAGGUGGAAGUCUUUUCAAAGGCAUUUUUAAAUUCCAUUCCUUGUCAAAGUCUACAAAUGAUCACCCUAAAAGUCUAAGAUAAUAGAAAAUAUAGUGAGAACACAGGAAGAGUACCUAAGAUGUUGGACCAGGGAAUAGAGCCUUAGUUUCUAUUUGAAGUGAGGAUUUUUCUGAAUUAUCUUAAAUCAUCUAGUUUUUCUUUAACCCUUGUUUUGUUCUUAAAUUAAAACAUGCUCUCACAAAGUUUUCCAUUGUCAUAGAGAGUUUCAUUUCAAUUUGAGUUGGUUCUCUCCUUGAUCUAUUGAUCAUUGCACCCUAAUUCUUCUUCUGUGGCUCCAACAAGAUUUAAUUAUAACAAAGGCAGCAGGACCCCUCAAUUCAAAUCCUCCUGGACCAUUUUUCACCAAGCCCAGGGCAAUGCAAAGACGAAAGGAAUCUUUUCACCAAGCCCUGACUUUAUUGAAUGCUAAUAGAGGAUUUGGAAUUAGAGGUGUCUGGUUCAUUUCUCUCUCUGCUUAUCAUCUUAGAAGAAAGACAACAUUCAAAGCAACAGGAAAAUUAAGAAUGAGGCUUAACUACCCUUCCGUUGGGGAUCCCAGGCUUUGUGGCAGGCACAGUAAGAAGAAUCAUCCUUUGAUUCAUUAAGUUGGCUACGUGGCUUCUAAUAUUUCAGAUAAAUUAAUUCACUUAGGAGAAUUCAGAAAAGAAUGAGUGAUUAGAGUUCACUAUACCCGAAUAAAUGAGUAUAAAAUAGAUUCUUAUAUUGCGAAAGUACAGUCUAUAACUGAUAAAGCUUUACGUUUCUUUUUUCCCUAUUAUGCCCCCAUAUAUCAAGAUUUGGGCACUUUAUUUUGGAAGAAAAUAUAUAUCUUUUACAUAUGUGUGUAUUUAUAAAUGCAUAGAUAUAUGUAUAAAAAUUUGUAAGAGUUGGAGGCUUUAAUUCACCAAUGCAUUUGGACAACUCAGUGUAACUGACUAUUUUAUGUG